AUGUCCGCUCCACCUAUGCGCACCAGGUCUUCAGCACUGAGCAGGGACGCUUGCCGAAAGACACAAAAAACAGGCUGGGCCUCCAUUACCUUCUGCGAGGAUGAGGAGCGCGGCGUUAUCCUCCCUCAUGAUGACCCAAUCAUUAUCUGCGCCGACAUAUCUAACUUUGACGUUGGGCGCAUCUUGGUAGACACUGCGGUAACCCAGGCCCUAGCCCCACCUCGAGCUGGCACUGAGCGCCCAGAAGACCCCAGGGAGGAAUCUGCCACCCAACAGGCCGAACCUGUGGAGGACCUUGAACUGGUCACUCUCCAUGAGGAUAUCCCGGAUCGACAGGUCAGGAUCGGCACCUCCCUCUCACAAGAGCUUCGCUCUGAUCUUAUUGCCUUCCUCCGCCUCAACUCUGAAGUCUUUGCUUGGUCUUACAACGACAUGCCGGGCAUAUCACCUGACGUCAUCUCCCAUAGGCUAAGCAUUAAUCCUGUCGUCCGACCCGUUCGGCAGAAGCGUCGUGCUUAUGACCCAGAGCGGUAUGAGGCCAUGAAGGCGGAGGUGGAUAAGCUGAGCACCAUUGGUUUCAUCAAGGAGGUGGAUUAUCCCACUGGCUAG